AUGGUCAAUUAUAGCUCUGUGUUCGCUUCUUGUUUCCUCUGGAAAUAAUUAACCGUUUUUUACGUUUUUAAGCUUGUUAAGUUUAUAAAAAGUGCGCGAAUGACUGGUGUCGUUGUUGAGUCAGUCUUCCUACUAUCUCUUCACUUAAUGUUAGUUUUUCAAUUCUGUUAUACGACCUGAACGUGUAAAGGUAAAACCAAAUAAAUUCACUUUAUCAGUUAAUUACGGCUUAUCGACUAACGAUAAGUUGCGGCGUCCCGCGUCUCAAUUUUUCUUGAUUGAACACGGCACGUGUCAAGGCCAACACAUAUAGCUGCUUUUAGCGUCGGGUGUAAUUUAGUUGGCCUAUCUACAUUUCCAAAGGCGUCUUGUUUUAUUUUAAUUAAUUUUUAUUUUAAUUAAUUUUGAUUAUUUGACUAUUUAGUUAAACUAUUAGUCGUUAACGCAAUGGCCCAAAGUAAUGAUCUACUUUCUACUGAGCUGAAUAAGUGGACAAAAAACAUGCUCGUUGACUUCAUUAUUACUCAAUCACUUCCUACUGGGGUGAAAUUAAGUGAGGAAUUGUCAACAUUCUUAAAAGGAUCUUCUUCUAACCCUGCAUCGCUAUCUUCUGAGAACUCAUUAAAUGUGGCCACUAUUCUUCAAUCUGUUGUCGAUGAGCUCAAAUCUGUUGCACUUAGUAACUCUAAGUUACACGAUAAGCUAAACCAUCUCAAUACUACUGCUAAGGUUUCCACUUCUCCUAAUCUAAAUACUGGUUCAAACAAUCAACCAACUACUUUACUCUCCAAGCUGAAUGCGGACACUCGUUCUAGACAGCCUGCAAUACAAUCGACUGCUAGUUUAUCCUCGUCCAUAAAAUCAAAAUUUAUCGUUGGCUCUCAUAAAAGUGUAUCCUCCAAGUUGUCUUCAGUGCCAGUGCGGAGACAUAUUGAUAUCUUUGUCUCAAGACUUGAGCCAUGUGUAACGACCUCUAUGCUUAAAUCUGAAUUGUUCAAUAGCUACUCAGAUGUGACCAUACAUAAAUUAGUGACAAAACAUCCAUCGUAUUCUUCUUUUCAUGUGCGCCUGCCUGCGGAGAAGCUCGAUGUAGUCCUCGAACCUACAUUCUGGCCUGAUGGCGUAAUGGUCAAACGCUUUUGGGGUCGUCUUACGCCCGAGAUGAUUCUAAGCGACACUCCAAAAAACUAAUUUCUUCAUGUACGCCUAUCUGUGAUCCUCCUGUUGAUAUACACUCUUAUAAUUAUAAUAGUUUUUAUCAAAAUUGCCGCGGGUUGAGAACCAAACUAAGUAAAUUAAAAUGUAAUGUCGCUGUUUUUGAUUAUGUUUUUAUCUGUUUCACUGAAACAUGGCUAUGUGACAGCUUCUAUGAUAGUGAGCUUGGUCUAUCCAACUACAUCAUUUAUAGAUGUGAUAGAAAUAGUUUAACAAGUAAUUUUUCUAGAGGUGGCGGCGCUCUCAUUGCCAUUCGUAGUGACAUAGUAUCUAAUUUAAUUUACACUCCAGCUACCAAUGUUGAACAUCUAUUUGUUAAACUUAGUUAUAAUAACAUCAACUAUGUAUUGUGCUCAGUGUACUUUCCUCCUAAUUGCCCACUUUCUGCUUAUGAAUCUUUUAUUUCCGCUGUACAAUCCGUUCUUCUCCUUCAUCCAAAAUGUGUUUUCAUUUUUUGUGGUGACUUCAAUUUGCCAGAUAUUAUAUGGUCCAAUGAUGAUUCUGGCUUACUUUACAAUACGGUUUCUAAUCCCAGAGUUCAAUGUAUCCCUGAUGCAUUUGCGUUCUUUAACUUUUUCCAACUUAAUGAUAUUCAAAACCCUUUUGGUGUAGUAUUGGACCUUGUGUUCUCCAAUGAUAACAGAAUCUAUAUCUCUAAAGCCGUAACUCCAGCAGUACCUUGUGAUCCCUACCACCCGGCUCUUGAUAUUAUGAUAAAGUUGGAUAAACUCUCCCCUUUACUUGAUCGUUCCCAUAAUUAUUAUGACUUCCGCCGUGCUCCCUAUUCAAAAAUAUGCGAAUUCUUAAAUUCAUUUAAUUGGUUGGAGACCAUAAUAUCUCUCGACGUUGAUGAAGCGGCUAAGGCAAUUUACGACGCCUUGCACUUUUGCAUUUUAAACUUUGUUCCGGAAGUGUCUUAUAUACCUUCGACAUUCCCGAAAUGGUUUUCAAAAAAUCUUAAGCAUAUUGUUUUAAGCAAGAAAAGGGCUCAUGCCAAGUUUAAAGCUUCACGAUGUCCCCAUGAUUAUGCGGAAUUUUCCGCACUUCGUGCCUCUUACAAGGCUGAAUACAAGAGAUGUCAUACUAUCUACCUGUCUCGUACUGAGUCUAUGCUUAAAUCUAACCCCAGGUCGUUUUGGGACUUUGUCCGAGUUAAUAAAUCUAGCAACGAAAUUCCCCACUCAGUACAUUUCGAGAAUUUACAAAGCUCGGGUUCAGAGUCUGUCUCUAACUUAUUUUCCCAUUACUUCAAUACAGUCUAUGUCCCUCCUCUGUCUACUGACCAUUCGUCCCCUUUUUUGUUCCAUGACCUACCUAGCACUUGUUCAUUCGACAUCGAUGAUGUUGAGGCUGGUCUAGACGCACUAAAAAAUGUUAAGUCCGUAGGCCCCGACGGCUUGUCAGGUAUAUUUUUAUACAAUGUGAAAUCUUCAUUAUGUUUUCCACUGUGGCUACUUUUUAAGCGUUCAAUCGAAAGCGGAGUUUUUCCUUCUUCUUUCAAGAUUAGCUCUAUCACUCCUAUUUUUAAAUCUGGUGAUAAAGCUGAUGU